UGAACUGCUGGGGUUUAGGGCUCGCUGCGGGAGACGCCUCUUAAAGGGGCCGCGACCCGGGGCUCCUGUCGGGCGCAGGGAAGGCGGCCAGAGAUGAGGGCUGGAAAGGGACAGAGGGACCCUUAAAUAAGUGCCUGCUGUUCGGCUCCAAGCAGAGCUUCCAGGAACCCUGCACCUUGAGCUAGAGGAACGAGGUUCAGGGAGGGCCAGGGGUUGCCCGCAGCCACACAGUGCGUCUCAGCCGGACCCUCCGUCGUGUGCUCUGUGCAUUCCCACCAUGGCCUUCUGGACACAGCUAAUGCUGCUGCUUUGGAAAAAUGUCCUGUGUCGCAGGAGACAGCCGAUCCAGCUCUUGGUGGAGUUGCUGGGGCCUCUGUUUCUCUUCUAUCUGGUGGCUGUAUGCCACUCCCACCCCCGACUGGAGCAACAUGAGUGCCACUUCCCCAACAAGCCGCUGCCCUCGGCCGGCGCCCUACAGCUCCAGGGUCUCAUCUGCAGCAUGAACGACACCUGCUUCCCGCAAUCCGCGCCCGCCGAGCAGCCAGGUGUCCUCAGCAACUUCAAGGACACCCUCGUCCUCUGGCUCCUGGCAGAUGCCCACACCAUCCUUGGGGGUGGAGGACGAGCCCACAGGAUGCUGGCCAGCCUGGGAGAGCUAAUGCCAAUGCUGAGAGCGGCGGGCGGGGCAGCCCGGCCUCUCCCAAGCGACCGGCUGCGGGACCGCCUGCCCCUGACCACUGAGCUACUGGGGACACUGCUUCGAGAGAUGAGAUGGGCUCCCACCGUGGCCUUCUGGGCUUCCCCAUCCUGGCCAGGGGCCUCUGGUUCCGGCUUCCAGGCCUUUUCCUGGGCUGUCCCUGACUCCUGGAGGGACGAGGGAGGGGUGCCCAGAUGGGCUGUGUCCAGCAUGGUGGUGAAGUGUCCGCAAUCCCUGGGGUCUGGGCUGGACCAAACCCGGGAGUCCGUGAGGAGCUUCCUGGAGGCAGCAGAGAACGCGGCCCAGGAGCUCCAGGCACUGCCCGGCCUGGUGGAGCUGUGGGCGCUGCUGCGGAGACCUCAGGGGACUAGCCGGCCCCUGGAGGCCGUGUCGGAAGUCCUCUGCGGUGCCAAGGGCCCUGGCGUCCCAGGGGGGCCCUCCCUCGACUGGUAUGAGGCCACCCACCUGAAGGAGUUGGUGGGGCAGGAGCCCGCCCCGGGCCUGCCCGACAGCAGCCUGAGCCCUGCCUGUGCUGAGCUGAUGGGGUCGCUGGAAACCCACCCACUGUCCCUCCUGCUCUGGAGGCGCCUGAAGCUGCCAGUCCUGGGGAAAGGCUUCACCAGGCGGCUCACGGCCCAGGGGAACCGGACCUUCUAGAAGCUGGCUCUACUGAAGGGCCUCCAGGAGGCGAGGGGUGUGCUGGGACCCCAGCUCUUCAACUACUUGAACGACAGUACAAACGCGGCCAUGUGGCAGAAAUCUGAUGGCCUAGCUGGGCCGCGCCCUGGGGUCCCCGAGGAAGAAGCGCCGCCUGGCCCUGAGGUUCAGGGGAGGAUCCGGGCACCCAGGACCCACACCCAGGCCCUUCCUCAGUGUGUGACCCUGGACAAGCUGGAGGCGGCACCCUCGGAGGCAGCCCUGAUGGCGCGGGCCCUGGAGUUGCUCGCGGAGCACCACUUCUGGGCCGACAUCGUCUUCUGGGGCCCGAGGGCUUUGGACCCCGCACAGCUCGCAGGUCCUGGUCACCCGCGCAUCAAGAUCUGCAGGGAUAUCGACGCCUUCGCGAGAACCAAUAAGAUCAGGAACAGGUUCUGGGACCCGGGCCCGGCUGCUGACCCCUUGACAGACCUGCGCUAUGUGUGGUGUGUCAGCGGCACCGAGGCCCGUGCAGGCCUCUACCCGCAGCAGACGCCCUCCCCGUGCUACGCGGAUGACGCGGUCCUGCGUGUACAGAACCGGUCGCUGUCGCUUUUCCUGACCUGGAUCCACUCCGUGGCGCCGGCGGUGAAGGCCGUGGUGCGAGGGAAGGAAAGGAGGCUGCGCCACACGAUGCAGGCCCUGGGGCUCGGCAGCGCGGUGCUGUGGCUCGGCUGCUUCCUCAGCUGCCACUCGCCCUUCCUCGGCAGCUCGGCGCCGCUCGUGCUGGUGACCAAGCUCGGGGACAUCCUCCCCCAUAGCCACCCGGCCGUGGUCUUCUUGUUCUUGGCGGCUUUCGCCGUGGCCACCGUGGUCCAGAGCUUCCUUCUGAGCGCCCCGCUCCCCCCGCGCCAACCUGGCCGCCGCGUGCGAGGCCUGGCCUACUUCGUGCUCUGUCCGCCCUACGUGCUGUGCGUGGCCUGGCGAGACCGGCUGCCUGCGGGUGGUCUCUGGCUGUGUCUUCUGUCGCCUGUGGCCUCUGGGUUUGGCUGCGAGAGCCUGGCGCUGCCGAAGGAGCAGGGUGAAGGCGCCCAGUGGCACAGGGCGGGCACCGGGCCCACCCCUGGCGUCUUCAGCCCGGCCCAGGUCUCUGGAAUCCUGCUGCUCGACGCUGUGCUCUAUGGCCUCCCCACUUGGUACCUAGAGGCCAUCUCCCGGGUUGGAGCACGGCUCCUCCCAGGCCAGUAUGGGACCCCCAAACCGUGGAACUUUCCCUUUCGGAGAAGCUAUUGGUUUGGACCUCGUUCUCCCAAGGGCUCCACCCUGCCUCCCACCCCGAAGGACCCAGAGGUGCCGACAGAAGAGGUCCCACCCGGCUGGAUUCCGGGGGUCUCCGUACGGGGCCUGGAGAAACGCUUUCCUGGCAACCCCCAGCCAGCCCUGCGUGGGCUCAGCCUGGACUUCUGCUAGGGCCAGAUCACCGCCUUGCUGGGCCACAACGGAGACGGCAAGGCCACCAUGCUGUCCCUACUGUGUGGCCUCUUUCCACCCACUGGUGGCUCUGCCCAUCUGGGCCACGAUGUCCAGUCCAGAAUGGAAGCCGUCCGGCCCCACCUGGACGCCGGCCUGCAAUACGACGUGCUGUCUGACGUGCUGACCUUGGAGGAGAACAUCUGGCGGUCGAAGGGCCUGAGUGCAGGAGCUGUGAGCCCCGAGGAGGCCCGUCUACUGCAGGACGUGGGGCUUGUCCCCACGCGUUGUGCGCAGACCCGCCGCCUCUCUGGUGGGACACAGCAGAAGCUUUCAGUGGCCGUCACCUUUGUGGGCGGCUCCCGGGUUGUCAUUCUGGAUGAACCCACAGCUGGUGUCGACCCUGCUUCCCGCUGCAGCAUCUGGGAGCUGCUGCUCAAAUACCGAGAAGGUCCCGCCCAGCUGCUGUCGCUCGUGCGGUGCCUGGUGCCCAGGGCGCGGCUGGUGAAGGAGCUGCCCUACGGGUCUCCCCCAGCAGCACACCCCGGGGAGGAGGUCUUCCCGAAGGUGGUAGAGGCUUGUGCUGCGGAUGUGGACCCAGAGGACGCGGCCACAGGGCCACAGAUCACCAGCCACAAGCGGCACCUGGGCGUGGGCCUCGCUCCCCCAGAUGUGACCUCACGGCUCAAGGUUCUGCCGGAAGAGUCGGCCCUGGAGAACGGGGAGCUAGCGACGGCUGCCCCGGAAACACGGGUCCUGCAGGGCUUCGGGCCAGACCCCGCGGGCCGGGGACAGGGCUGGGAGCUGACCCGCCAGCAGCUCCGGGCCCUGCUUCUCAAGCGCUUUCUGCUUGCCUGCCGUGGCCGCCGUGGCCUGUUUACGCAGGUGAGGGGGAGCGGGCGCCAGAGGAGGGUGCGCGGGCAGCCCUGGGUGCCUGUUUUCUACUCCCGUCACCCACUCAGCGGUGAACCCGAGAAGUCUCCGCCACGGGCCGGAACCUGUCCCGACUUCCUGGUCAAGACCCACCCCCGCCUGGUGCGCCAGGGGCCAGCCGCCACCUGCACGCGUUCAGUUUGCCCAGAGGAGGGGGCCGGCGCUCCGGACGGCUCUCCGUGCCCCCCCACACCCCACCCCUGCAUCUCCCGCAGCCUGAAGACCAAGAAGUGGGUGAACGAGGUCAGGUAUGGGGACUUCUCCCUGGGGGGCCGAGACCCAGGCCUGCCCUCAGGGCAAGAGGUGAGCCACUCAGUGUGGGGGCUACCGGUGCUGCUGAACCCCCGACCCGGCGGGGGCCUCGACCUUGUCCUGAGCAACCCCACAGCCUGGGCUCACAGCCCAGACACCGAGGACAGCCUCAAGAUCUGGUUCAACAACAAGGGCCGGCACGCCGUGGUGGCCUUCAUCGGCAGGGCCAACAACGCGCUCCUACGUGCCCACCUGCCCCCAGGCCCUGCCCGCCACGCCCACAGCAUCACCACGCUCAGCCACCCCGAGGCUGGGCUGAGUCCCUAUGCCCCGCCCCCCACCUCGGCCUUUCUGCGCUCUGCCACGCCCCUGCUGAAACUCCGCCUCCGACGCAGUUGGAACUACCUGGUGCCAGCGUGCGUGGCGGCGCUCACCUUUCUGGCUUUCCAGCAGAGGGCGUACGUGGCUCCCGCCAACCCGCCUGCCCUCCUGCUGCUGUUACUGCUCUUACGGGUGAGGCCUCCACCCCCCUCGGAGCCCGUUCUUGCCGCCCUACCCGGACGUCUGAUGCCAUCGAGGGAGCCAGGGCUCUGUCCCAGCUCCCGAGGACAGAAGAGAUCCGAGGUGGUCCCAAGUGGAAUCCCCCUGUUGCCCCCUCAGCUGGUCGAUCACGCCAGUCGUGUGCCCGGCACGGCCUGUGUGGUGCUCACCUGUGUCAACCUCUUCGUCGGCAUCAACGGCGGCACAGCCACCUUCGUGCUCCAACACUUCUCUGGUUGGAAGCUGCAGGAAAUGAGCCGCAUCCGGAAAAGGGGCUUCCUCGUGUUCCCCCACUUCUGCCUGGGCCGGGGGUGCGUGGACAUGGCGUGAGACCAGGCCGUGGCUGACGCCUUCGAGCGCUUAGGAGACGGGCAGUUCCAGUCCCCCCUGCGCUGGGAGGAGGUUGGUAAGAACCUCUUAGCCGUGGUGGUACAGGGGCCCCUCCUCUUCCUCCUCCUCCUCCUCAUGCUCUUGGCGACCGCCUGCUGCCACGGUCAACCCCAGCUGAGGUCGCUGCCCCCCACCCCCACCCCGGGGCAGGAGGAUGAGGAGGUGGCCCGUCAGGACCGGGUGGCCCGAGGGGCCACCGAGGGGGACGUGCUGGUGUCGAGAGACCUGACCGAAGUGGGCGCAGUGCCGGGUUGGGGGCUCCCGCUGGCCCACCCACCCUCUCCGGGACCUGAACACCUCCCAGGCGUGCCGUGGGCAGAGGGACGCCAGCUGUCGAUCCCCCCUGGUGGGGCGAGAGUCCAGGGUGAAGGUCCUGAGGCAGGGGCAGUGAGGGGCUGCCCUACUGUGUGCCCACUGCCCUUUACCGAACAACUGAGCACAGGUGCCCGCGCGCUGAGCAACUACGGACGGUGGGGCAGGAAUCUGAGACCUUGCCGACUGCCGUCUGCAGGGCACCCGCGGUGUUUCGGGCCCGUGGGAGUGAACGGAGCAGGGAAGACGUCCACGUUCCGCAAGCUGGCGGGGGACGCGCUGCCCGGUGGUGGCGAGGCUGUGCCGCCUGGCUACAGACGCCCCCCACCCGUCUCUUACCAUGGUGCUCCAGGGUGGCAUGGCCGGGAACCUUCCGCUGCGCACCACCACAGGGGCUAAUGCCCUCAGUCGGACGCUGUCUUCGAGCUGCUGGCCGGCCACCAGCACCUGGAACUCUUCGCCCGAAGCUCAGGUUCCCCAGGUGACCUCCCCCUCCCUCCUUCCAGGAUCACAGCCCUACCCUGGCUCCCUUGGCCCUGCCCCGAGUCAGGGUCCGCCUCUCUCCACUACCCGGCCAUGACCCCACCGCCCACUGAGGGCUUCCCGAACUUCUGGCCAGGUCACACCCCCCCUCUCUCACCCUGGCUCCACUCUCUUUGUUUACCUUUCCCCAUUUUUACCCUAGUCCCCCUCCCGUGUACUGCCCCCCCAACCCGCACCUGGUCCCUCCCCCUUCCGUGUACUGCCCCCCCUGCCUCCCUCCCGCCCCGCCCCACAGACAGCGAGCUUGGGCCCCGCGCGCCUGGGGCUCCUGCAGUUUCGGACCCACCUGCGGGCACCUACAGCGGAGGCAACAAGAGGAAGCUGGCGACAGCCGUGGCGCUGGUGGGGGACCCGGCCGUGGUCUUUCUGGUGCGUGGGGGCGGGCCUGGGGGAGAGGGCUCGGGCUCGGCUGAUGAGGGCAUCGGAGAGUGUGUGGCGCUCUGCACGCGCCGGGCCAUCACGGUGACGGGCGGGUCCGCUGUCCGGGCGGCGCGCAGCCCCUCGAGAGCAGCGGAGGCGAGGCUCGAGGGCUGGCGGCGGGGCCGAACGGAACCGGGACGGGUCCCGGGGCUGCCGGACGAGGGUGGGUCCGGGGAAGGGGCGGGCCUGGGAGGGAAGAGGGCGGGGCCUGGAGCGGGCGCGGCCCGAGGGGGCGGGGCUAGGGGAGGGAUGGGCCCACAGGCGGGCGAGGCCCGGCAGGAGGAGGGGGGCGUCCGGAGGGGCCAGGUCUCGGGGGGCAGGGCCAGAGUGAGCUGGAGGGUGGUGUGGGCGGGCCUCGGGCGUGUCCAGCAGCCCCCCCGGCCCCGCCCACUCGGGUUUGGCGCCGGCCACACGCUGACCCUGCGGGGCCCGCAGCGCGGUCCGAGUUGGCCGAGGCCUUCGAGGUGGCCGCGCUUCCAGGUGCCGCCGGGAGGGCGCUGCGCCCUGGCUCGCGUCUUUGGAGAGCUGGCGUGGCGCGGGGAGGAGCGCGGCGUGCACUUCUCUGGGAGCCAGACCACGUUGGCGCGGGCGCCCGCCGCGCCUGGACGGGGCUGAGGAUAAAUGGGGCUGGGGGCUGGGGGCCGGGCCGGGGGCUGACCGCCCCUCCGGCCGCCCUCCCCCAGGUGCUCCUGUACUUCUCCAAGGACCAGGGGGAAGAGGAGCGGGACGGGUAGGAGGCGGGAGUGGGGGCAGGCCUCGUGCCACGCCCACAGCACCCCGACUCCUCACUGGGCUCCUCGAGGACCCCAGCACCUCCUGUGUGGGGUUGCUGGGAGACUCCGGCAGCCCAGUCGCAGGCUCUCAGAGGAUCCAUCGCCCUGGAGGAAAUAGAGAACUCAUGGGGUGAAACCGCGCGCGCGUGCGUGUGUGUGUGCGCGCGCGCGCGCGCACAGGCUACAGGUCAGUCCAAACACGGCUCUCCAUAUGCGUCUGGACACUGGCCCCU